AUGGUGUACACACAAUUAUUCAUUGACUAUUUAAGUGCAAAAGAUGUUAGAAAAUUAAAGUUUUUUGAUGAAGCAGGAAUUAAGGUACCUAAUGUUGGAACACGCCGAUACGGUCAUUCUCCUGUUGGGGAGAGAUGUGUAGAGGUUAUUCGCAAGAAAGAAAAUCCGAAUACCACUUUAAACAUGCUAGUUUCGAUCAACGGAGUAGAGUACUACAAUUUAAUAGAUGGAGCAACAAACACGGUAGACUUUUUAAAUUUUUUUCACGAAGCUUCAGAAGCUACGAAUAUGGAAACUCUUCGUCCAGUGUUAGAGGUUGGAGACAUAAUUUUCAUGGAUAAUUUAGCGGUGCACCAUUACGAAGGAGGGGAAAUUUUAGAAGAUUUUUUGGCCGAGUCCGGAAUCGAGCUAAUUUAUACUCCCGUUUACUCCCCGGAUUUAAAUCUGAUCGAAAUGUGUUUCAAUAAAGUUAAGACGUCUUUAAAUAAGGACUUUUUCGAAUUAGUUCACUCUAACGUAAAGUUAGCUGGUUCGUACGCUGUCGAAACUAUCACAGACAGUGAUAUGCGUGGAUUUUUCAGACAUACAUCUUAUCUCUUUGACAUUUAA